AUGAGCACAACAUAUACGACGAGAGCGCCUAUAGGUCUCACUUCAAGUGUUAGAGAAAGAACAUCAUCAUCAAGUACAGCAUACCACUACCAUUCAAUAUUUGGUGACGUUUGUGCCACUAGAUUUCAGAAACUGGCAAAAGCCAUAUUUACAUACUCAUGGGCUAUUUCAUUUGCCAUUGCUUUACCUUCAGGAUUAGCCUGGUGGAACAUAAUACUUCCUUUGAGGGCUGCUGUUUUGGCAUUUGGAUUAUUUCUAAUAGCAUGCUUAAAGAAAAACAACUUACAUGUUGACUAUUUGGGCUAUAAAACAUUGGCAAACCAAUACAUAGGUCAGUUGAUCUCUAAGAAGUUCUUGAUAACAUUGGGUAUUUACUCAAUUUCAUCAUACCUGUUCUUUUGGGUUUUACAUUUACAAUUCACCUCAUUAACAUUCAAAGCAAUCCCAAAGAAACAUCAAUACCCUCCAGUCAAUGACCAAUAUGUGUUUUAUUACUUCUUAUCUGCAUACAGUGCAUUCAUUUAUGCUAUUCAACAUUCAAUUUUUGAUUACGAUAGAUUGAUUAUACCACAACACAAAUUCCAUUCUCAUCCAAAAGAAUCAUUAAUAAAAAAUAUUCCAAAAGCUGUUAGCAAUAGUAUCUUAUUGACUAUCAUUGUUAUAUCAUCAUCACCAUUUGCAUACUUAUUUGUCAGAGAGUAUAUAUAUGCCUUCAUCCUCAACACUGUUGGGUUAUUCCAUUCGUUAAAUCAUAAUCAACCAGCACUAGGUAUUUCAUUUGGAUUUUUAUUCAAAUUGUCAAUAAUAUCCUUUGUUCUUUUGUACAGUUGGGAAAUUGUUAAUAUUGCGUUUAACGCUUAUCUAUCCAUCGGUUGUUUACAUCGUGGUAAUACAUUAUCAGAAUUAUCAACUGAUCCAUUAGGUACUUUGUUAACAGGUUUGAAAUCUGAUAAACAAUUCACCAGAAUGACUGCAUUUCAAGAAUUAGCAUUUAUUGCUAAGUCAGAAGAUUCAGAUAGAAGACAACAAAUAUAUCAUAGAAACAAUAGAAAAGAAUUCAUCUGGGGUGAAAUUUUACAAGAAUGUACUGAUGUAAUUAAUAGAAACAAUUCAAAUAUCAAUAUUUCACUUGUUGAAAGCAUUAAAUCAACAUCAAUAGUCACUUCAAAUGAUCCACAACCAUCUUAUAAAUCAUCAGAUUCUCAAAACUUAUUCGGUCGUGAAUAUCAUUCAACAGAAUCAGAACGUAAAUAUGAUUAUUUACCAAGACCAACCAAAAUCACAAAUGAAUUAAAUGAACCUUUAUAUUUCGAUGGUACGUUAUGGAAAAUUGUUACAUCAAAUAUCAAAAAUGCAGUUGAAUUAUCAAAAGAAUAUUACACACAAUUUGUUACAUCAGAUAUAGGUGCACCAUUUAGAUAUACAUUACUUAGAGAAUCCAAAAGAUUGUCACCAAAUGCAAUCACUGUUAGUAAUGCAAUCAUUGCAAUUUCAUUGAUGGCAACACAUGCAUAUGAUGAAGAUAAAAAGGGAACCGUUUCAUCUACAAUCACUGAAAUCUUAGAUAUUUUAGAAAAAUCAGUUGCAACUUGUGGUGAAUUUGCACAAAAUCCACCUGCAUAUUUAACAGGUAAAGAUGACGAAAAUCCAAUUACUUUAUUACAUCAAUUAUCAUUAAAUGCAUUUGUUGAAGUUACAUUGAAAUAUAGUGAUGUUUUAAAUGAUAUUGUAUUACCACCUGAUGUUUUCCGUUUGGCUAAUUGGACUAUUGAAACUGCUCUUAGAGAAGAAGCUGAAAUGGAUAAUAUAUGA